CUGGUGCAGGUGCUCUGUCUCUUCGGGGGAGGAGGAUGCCAUAGGAAGGACGGGCAGAGGGGUACAAAAAAUGAAGGAAAACGCAGAGAGAGGAGAGCACAGGAUAUGAUAUAAGCAGGGUAUCAGUCUGGAAACGGAGGAAGCUGAAUAUGAAAGAUUUAUUGAAAGGGGCACUUUGAGCUAUUAUUCCUGGUUGGCAAUAGUACUAUGAUUUGGUAUGUGGCCACUUUGAUAGCAAGUGUUUUCAGCACCCGAGGAACGGCAGCUCAAGGUGCCCACGGAGUGAGAGAGGAGCCCCAGUUUGUGACGGCCCGUGCAGGAGAGAGCGUUGUUUUGGGAUGUGACGUGAGCCACCCCCUAAACGGCCAGCAGACUCCCUAUGUUGUGGAGUGGUUCAAAUUCGGUGUGCCUAUUCCUUUCUUCAUCAACUUCCGCUUCUACCCUCCUCAUGUGGACCCUGAGUACGCCGGGAGAGCCAGCCUGCAUGGCAAAGCAUCUCUGCAGAUCGAGCAGGUGCGCUCUGAAGACCAGGGCUGGUACGAGUGCAGGGUCCUCAUGCUGGAGCAACAGUACGACACCUUCCACAACGGCAGCUGGGUUCACCUUACAGUCAAUGCGCCCCCUACGUUCUCGGACACGCCGCCGCAGUAUGUGGAGGCGAGGGAGGGUGGAAGCAUCACUCUGACCUGCACUGCCUUCGGGAACCCCAAACCGGUGUUGACCUGGCUGAGAGAGGGGGAUCAGCUGACCAGCACUCGGAAAUACACGGUGAGUGACGGCAGUCUGACAGUGCAGGCCAUCACGCGGGAGGACCGAGGGGCAUACAGCUGCCGUGCCCACAGUGACCAGGGGGAAGCGCUACACACCACCCGCCUGCUGGUGCAAGGUCCUCCAUACAUUGUGACACCACCUGAGAACAUCACUGUUAACAUAUCCCAGAAUGCCCAAUUUACGUGCCAAGCAGAGGCGUAUCCUGGCAACCUGACCUACACCUGGUACUGGGAGGAGGACAACGUCUACUUCAAGAAUGAUCUGAAGCUUCGUGUGCGCAUCUUCAUUGACGGAACCCUCAUUAUCUACAGAGUGAAGCCAGAGGAUGCUGGGAAAUACACCUGCAGCCCCAGUAACAGCCUGGGCAUCUCCCCCUCCGCUUCAGCUUACCUGACCGUGCAAUACCCUGCCCGUGUUGUGAACAUGCCACCUGUCAUCUAUGUCCCAAGAAAGUUGCCAGGAAUCAUUCGCUGCCCAGUGGAUGCCAACCCCCCUGUUACAUCAGUCAGAUGGGAGAAAGAUGGGUACCCCCUCAGAAUUGAGAAGUAUCCUGGAUGGAGCCAAAUGGCAGAUGGAAGCAUUCGGGUGGCAGAGGUCACUGAAGACUCCCUUGGCACCUACACCUGUGUGCCUUACAAUGUCCUAGGUACCAUGGGACAGUCCCCUCCGGCCACUCUGGUGCUAAAGGACCCCCCUUACUUCAAUGUGAGGCCCGGGGGGGAGUACCGUCAGGAGGCGGGAAGAGAGCUGGUUAUCCCCUGUGCUGCUUCUGGAGACCCUGAGAUUCCAACCAUACAGUGGAGAAAGGUUGGGAAGCCCAGCAGAAGCAAACACAACAUCUUACCAAGUGGUAGCUUACAGUUUGUCUCUCUGAGCAAAGAGGAUCAUGGGGAGUGGGAAUGUGUUGCCACCAAUGUUGUAACAAGCAUCACUGCCAGCACACGCCUUUUUGUAAUAGGCACUAGUCCACAUGCGCCAACUAAUGUCCACGUGUCAGCAUCUACAAGCUCUGCUAACGUUUCCUGGGAACCUGGAUAUGACGGAGGAUUCGAGCAGACGUUCUCGGUUUGGUACGGCCCGGUAAAAGUGAAGAAUGAUGUAGGAACCCAUGAUUGGCUCUCCAUACCUGUGCCCGGAUCUCAGACGUGGUUAGUGGUUCAGGGGUUGGAGCCAAAGACUGCCUAUCAAUUCAGUGUGCUGGCCCAGAACAAACUGGGCACCGGCCCCUUCAGUGAGGUAGUCACUGUGACUACAGGAGGGUACCCUAUUAGUACCCCUGAACCACUGGUGCUUCUAACUCCACCACGGUGCCUCACAGCCAACCGGACACAGCAGGGUGUAUUGUUAACAUGGCUUCCUCCAGCCAAUCACUCUUCACCAAUUGACCGAUACGUCAUCGAAUUUCGUCUUGGAGAAAAAUGGGAGGUUCUGGAUGACUUGAUUCCUGCCACUGAGACUGAGAUUAUAGCAAGAGAUCUUAUUCAGGACUCUUGGUAUGAAUUCCGAGCACUAGCUAUAAUGGAUGAUCUUGUCAGUGAAAGCAGUAAUGUGGUGGGAGUGUCAAGUACAGACCCCUUCCCUCCCACAGAGAUCUCAGACGAAGGGCUGGCCAAGCCAGUAGUGGCGGGCAUCGUGGCCACCAUCUGUUUCUUGGCAGCUGCCAUCCUCUUCAGCACGCUUGCUGCAUGUUUCGUCAACAAGCAACAUCGUCGCAAGCUCAAACGCAAGCGAGACCCACCACUAUCGAUUACGCACACAAGGAAAAGCAUCGAAUCUCCGCCUCCUCUUACCCCCUUGCCUGGCAUUGAGCCCUACUGGGAAGAGCCAGACAGGAGCAGCUACAGGCCCCCAUCUACCAGCCCUCAGCUGUCCUCUGGGAAGAUCAGUCCUGAGAGCAUCGCUUCAUCCCGGCCCUCAUCUCUGGCCAGUGUGGGUGGUCAUGGUCUUUACGUUAAGAAGUUGCCAAGCCCCAGGAAAGAGAAAGAGCUUUCCCUCUAUAAGAAAACCAAGAGAGCAAUAACCAGUAAGAAGUACAGCGUGUCCAAGCACGAGGCUGAGGUCACCACGCCCAUCGAGCUGAUCAGCCGUGGACCUGAUGGCCGAUUCGUCAUGGACCCCAAUGACAUCGACACAUCCCUCAAGCCCAGACGCAUUGAGGGUUUUCCUUUUGUGGAGGAAUCAGACUUGUAUCCUGAGUUCCGCCAAUCAGAUGAGGAGAAUGAUGACCCAGGGCCCCUACCCCCAGUCAUGGCCACCCUCAGGCCCCAGAUUUCCCCUGUGUCCUCCAGCCAGGAGUCCUACAUGCAGCCCCCAGCCUACAGUCCCCGGUUCCAGAGGCCAAUGGAAGGUAUGAGCAUCUCGGAGGGUAGUCGGCUUCAGGCCACAGGGCAGAGCCGGGUCUCCCAUUUUCACAGGGUCUUCCCUCCAGGCCCCUUCUAUGGCUAUAUAGGUAGUGGUGCUGAGGUGGAACUUCACCCUCCGUUUUACAUGCCUGAUGUUAGCCCACGUAGCUCUGCCAUGUCCUCCUCACCUUCAUACCCCCCUGAGGGGCCGUUUCGCCAUCCCACCAUCCCAGAGGAGAGGGAGGAGCUGAGGAUCCAUCAGUAUGGUGCCUCCGGCCACGCCCUCCCACUGGUGCAUAGCCCUCCCUCCUCUCGCUCGACCGAGAUCUGGCAGCCUCCUGAUUUCCCCUUUCUGGGUCAGGAGGGUCCCCGUCUCACACUUCCACCUCGUCAUUCCUCAUAUCUCCACCGGGACCUCCCCGAGCCCCCACCAUACCCCUCCCAUAGUCGCACAGUUAGCACCACCUCUCAGCUCCCUUCAAGCUCUGCUUUCCUCCAGCUAGAGGCCCCUAGAACCCACCUGAGCAGAUCUCCCGGCAGGUUCCCGCCUCAGGGCCCUUCAGCCAAGCAUAUAACUAUGCAACAGGCCCAGACUCUGGGGCAGUUGAGACACACUGCCCAUGGUAUGGGUGUACCAGUGUUGCCUUACUCAGGCGCCACGGCCCGCAUGGGGAGCCCAAGCACACUGCACAGUGAGAGCUCGGAUGGCUGGAGGUCUGAGGCCCAGCCUUGGAUGAGCCCCAGGGCAGCUCGAAAGAUGGAUCUCGGCCUGCAGCAAGUGGUCCUGCAGCCAUCACGACUCUCCCCUCUGACCCAGACCCCUCCCAGCUCACAUGCCGGCUCUCCAGACAUUCUCGUCCGCCCUCCUCCCCGCCCCAGCAUCCUGCGGUCUUCCCGCUCUCAAGAGAUGCCCGAGAGUGCCCGUCACCCUGCCAGUGUCUCCUUCUCCCGAAGGUCUCUUUCCUCCUCCCCUGCCACUUCACCUACCCAAGGCCAGAGCGGCCAACGGCCAAGCCUCAGCUACCGUGCCCACAUGGCCUUUGCCACAGCCGCGGCCAGCUACCCCUCCCAGUCCCCUUCACCCCCUGCGGAGAGCAGUGAUGCUUUCGGCCAGAUGCCAUCUCAGAGAAGGACAGAUGAGGAGAUGCUCCCCUCAGAACCCUCUCCAGGCUAUCUGGGCAGCAUUGUUGUGACCAGGUCCUCUUCACCACAAUAGCCUCAGCAGCAGGGGAGACUGUCUGUAAACGCUUUGUGUUUCUGUGCCUUGUGAACCCAUGAGUUGUUGGCUGACUCUUCAGUAUGGACGUUUGAGUGUCAUGAUCUCUGCCAUGAUAGAGGAAUGGCAUGUGCGAUAAAAGACUACACUUUACAGGAAACAUGACCUCUGUGGUCAGUUUGAUAGGAAACCAGUGUGCGUACUGGGAAACAGGAGAUUUUGGCUAAUUGUUAUUUGAUUGGACAGUGCUGGCAGCAUGGCAGCAGUGUACACCAUGAGGUAAAGGUUUAUUCAUGCUAAUUUAGGUGUGUUCUGUAGUAAAUGAGUUGGGCAGAAAUGAUAAAUUCAACUCACCCGACUAACUGAACUAAUACAGUGUGCUUUAAUUUGCAGAGUACCCAAUGAAGAAGAGCUUUGGUUUAUCUUAAAAUAAAUUUGGUGUUUAUUUUUAUGCGCAUGAAAAAUGAACUAUUUGAUAAACAAAAAUAACAUCUAACAAGGCUUUUCUUGCAUUUUGCCAAAAGGUGAUUAACUGCUAAAUUGCACUGAAUGAAUGGUACUUUUGUCACAAAGGCUUUAACACUGCACUUGGCAUUGGGCAGCCAAAAUGUUCCCUGAGGGAGGCUAAAUCUCAGUUUGAUCAGGCCGGUGGAUGGGAACGCACCCUGGUGGCAGGGUGAAUUAAUGCAUCAUUGUGUUUGUCUCUCACAGGGAGCAUCUAGGUGCAGUCAGAGUCCCUGCAGGGUCUGAGAGUUUUGAAGCACUGAUUUAUUAUUGUAUUAAUAAAGCCAAGAAAUCAUCAGC